AUGCGUUUCACUCUUGCACUCACUACCCUGGUAGCCGUGGCCAUGGCCGCGCCCUUCGACAGCAUCGUCGCUCGCAAGGACGAGCUCACCGCUGCAAUUGCCGCCCUUGCCGAUGAGAACCCUGCGGAUGCCGAGGCUGCCAAGGGCCUCUUGAACCGCGACCUCCAGCUUACACAAGACGAGGAAGACGAGGAGGAAGAUGUCUUCAAGCGCGAUAUCGCCGCCCCCCAGCUGGCGGAUGUCGAAGACGAGGAAGACGAGGAGGAAGAUGUUUUCAAGCGUGAUGUCGCCGCCACCCAGCUGGCGGAUGUCGAAGAUGAGGAGGAGGAGGAUGUUUUCAAGCGUGAUGUCGCCGCCACCCAGCUGGCGGAUGUCGAAGAUGAGGAGGAGGAGGAUGUCUUCAAGCGUGAUAUCGCCGCCCCCCAGCUGGCGGAUGUCGAAGAUGAGGAGGAGGAGUAG